UAUUCAACCAAUCACACAUCUCCAUCCAUCUCACACUCAUCACUACUCUCCACCCAACCCAACUCAACUCAACUCAAACUCUACCUUACCUUCACGGCUUCACAUUCUGCAGAUCAAAGAACCAACCCCAAAAAUAAGAAAAUAAAAACCCAUAGCAUGGCCACUACUCCUCCAUCUCAUCUUUCCAAUUUUACCCCUAUCACUCUCCUCUUUCUCCUCCUCUUAUCUCCCCUCCCCAUUCUCUCCUUCACUAACAUCACCACUCUCCUCUCCUCCUACCCUGACCUAUCCGACUUCACAAACCUCCUCCUCUCCACCGCUAUCCCCCUCGAUCUCACUCGCCGCACCUCCCUCACUAUCCUCGCUGUCCCUAACGCGUUCCUCCGCUCCUCCACCGCCGCCCCACGCCCCGAUAUCGCAGACAUUCUGCGAUAUCAUGUGCUCCUGCAAUACCUCUCGUUAUCCGAUCUUAAAAAAUUUUCAAAAUCGGGAAAAAUAAUCACCACCCUGUUCCAAACCACUGGCCGAGCCCCUAACAAUUUCGGCUCGAUCAAUGUCACGCAUGAUCCUGUAACAGAUGUCACGUCUUUCGUAUCCCCGGAAAGCAAUGCAACUCUACUCAGUGUCAUUAAAUCAGUCCCGUACAACAUUUCGAUUUUUUCGGUAAAUAAUUUAUUGGUUCCUGUAAGGGCUGAUCUCUUGGCGUCCGAGUCCGGUCCAAGGAUAGACCUGAAUAUCACGAAAGCGAUAACCGACGGCCACAAUUUUAAUGUGGCCGUCGCGAUGCUACAAGCAUCGGGGGUGAUCGAUGAAUUCGAAGCUGACGAAAAUGGCGCGGGGAUUACACUUUUUAUUCCUACCGACGAAUCUUUCGCGGAUCUGCCACCCAGUGCGAGAUUCCAAUCCUUACCAGCCGAUAAAAAAGCUGUGGUGCUUAAAUUCCACGUGUUACAUUCGUAUUAUCCGCUUGGUUCACUCGAGUCGAUAGUGAACCCGGCUCAGCCCACUUUAGCCACCGAAGACACGGGAGCCGGUAGUUUUACAUUAAAUAUUUCCCGAGUCAAUGGUUCGGUUUCGAUUAAUUCGGGUAUCGUACAGGCCUCGGUGACUCAAACCGUUUUCGAUCAAAAACCGGUUGCGAUUUUCGGAGUUUCGAGAGUAUUGUUACCUAGAGAAAUAUUCGGGAACAAUCCGAUUAUUUUUAAACCGAGUAUCGGGGGCCAUUACGCAAUUGCGCAACCACCACAGACGGCGGUAUCGCCCGAGAGCUCACAGGCGUCGUCGUCGCCUCCGGUUUUACAACGAGAAAUUAAAUCGGAGGCGACUCGGCUGGACAGGUUCGACAUUGCUGGUUUUUGUUGUACGUUAUUGCUGUAUAUAUUGUCACAUUGAUAUGUUUUCUUUAAAAUUGUUACAUUUUUUUUCUUGAAUUUGUUUAUUAUACAUUUUUGUAAUAUUUAACACGGAUAUUCGAAAUUGGCUGAAAAACAAAGCCAUUUCUUUU